AGGCAUUUUGGCUCAAGCUGGCUCGGUCCCCCUGCGCGACGGGUGGUGCGAGCGUGGUGGCUGCGGGAGUGCCCCUCCGGGGGGCCGCUGGGGCGCGUGCCUCGGCUGACCAGCUCAUCUUCAAGCUGAAGGGCGAGCUGAGCGCGGCGAAGCUGGAGCUCGACCGCCUGCGUGGGCUGCUGGACCGUGCUGCUGGCAGCGGCGGGGGCGUGGCCGGCGAGGCUCGCCGCCGCGAAGACAUCGCGCGGCCAGCGCUGGUGGCCAGUCUCGCGGGGGACCAGGAGCAGCUGGAGGACCGCGUACGCCGCAACGUGGCGUGGCGCGCACAACGCUGCCCCUCGGCCUCGGCGCCUCCAGGCGAUUGGCGGCGCACUCAGCGAGGCGGGCCCGCGCCUCGGGGCCAGGUGCCCGCGAGGGGGCGAGGGGCUGCGCGCGGACGCCGAGGUUUUCGUGCCUGCAGCAGGGGUCUGGGAGCCGUCGGGUGGCGGCCAAGUUCUUCGCCGUGAAGCUGCCUUGUUCUUUCCAGGGGCGGGACGCUGGUUUCCGCGCGCGGAUGGGCCUGCCCCCACGGGCCUCCGCUGCACUUGCGGUUCGCUGGCGUUCUCCUCGGUGCCCAUCGGCGCGACUUGCUUCGAGAAAUAUCCUGUGCGGAGGGCUCUGGCGCUGUCGGAGCCGACGGCCCGAUGAUGCAGGCGGCGGCGCUUUGGGGGCCCCUGCGAGGGAUACCUGCUCUGCUGCUGGGGCCGCCGUGGUCGAGCGGGACGCGAACAGCGAGUAUUGGCGAGCGCCUCGCGGAGCUAGAGCAGUGGGCGGGCGCGACUACCCGUCCUUUCAUUCGACGGCUGGCGCGGCUCCGCCAAGGUGGUUCCAGCGAGCAGGGCGUGUUCGUUCAGGUCGUCUUGCAGGGGCAGACGUGGGGCAUUCGGAAGCCCGCUGCCGACUACCUGGCUGCACUCGUUCAGCUGGUCGGCGAGCUUCGCCUCAGCCCGGCGGAGCUCGAGGAGAUCGAGUCGCUCCCGUUGGAAGGGGAGGCGGAGCUCAUCGAGCAGAUGGCGCAAGCAGGGAAACACGAGGAUCGUAUAUUGAACCUGCUGGAGUUUGAGAGCAGUUCGUCGGUGCUCCUCGAUGCGCUGGGAGUGCUCGGCGGUGCAGGCCGCGGAGAGGAGGCGUGCGAGGAGACUGAGUAUGAGGAGCUGGAGCUGCUGCGCGACAUGGAGCCGCGGCGCCUGAGCUGGUUCCGCGGCAGGGUCGCGGCGAUGUGGCUGGCUCGGAAGGCGGAGUAGAAAGAGCCACCCGCGGACGACGCCGACGCCGAGUGGCUUGGCGGCGAAUCCGAGCGCGCGCGGAGGGCGGACACCAGCGGCGUCGAACCGUGAGGGGGCCCUUUGGCGCGAGAGUGGCGCGGGCGGAGCGUAGUCGUUCGUGCUUGCGGUUGAAUCCCAUUGCGUGCGCGGGCCUCCAGGGGCCCCCGCAGAGAGAAACAAUGCCCC